CCUGUCAGCUAGAUUUGUUAUUAUCGUGUUUCUUUUAUAGUUACACGUAGACGUUGUGUCCAUUUUGAGUAGUUCCAAUUGUACCCUAAUUUGAAAAUAUCAUAGCUCUCAUUUGAGAAAAUAUUGCAAAACCAGUUCUGCUCGAUGGGAAAUGCAAAAUUCGUGGCUCUGUUUACUACUGUUACUACGGCAGAGCUCGAGAGCGCCCACAACCACUGAUCGAGCUGGAGGGAGUGACAAGGCGGACAAUGAGCAGACAGAGCGAGUCGGAUACAAUGUUGCCAGUCAAGAGCUAGUUGCGGGCAGUUGCCUUUUUGUGUUACAUUGUUGCAAGCAAAUGACAUGUUGCGGAUAUUAGGCCUUUGCAAAGGCACAACGCUGGACCUCGGCUGUAAGUUCUCAUUCUACCCGGCAGUCUGAGGAUAGCCCACGGAUUCUUCAGGUUAGCCUUGCUGCAGAGUGCUGGGUCUGCUGCACAGAUUUCACGGAUUCCUGCUAUCAUGGAAUUCCCGUUCGAUAUCAAUACCCUCUUCCCGGACCGUAUUUCUGUUCUCGACAAGAAUCUGGCAUCUGGCCGAAAAGCAGUCGGAAGGGGAGAUCCUCAAGCACUCAUCACCAGGGUCAUCGAUGAGCUGGGGCAAGCAUCGUCUAAGGCUCAGGGGCUUCCUGCACCCAUAACCAGCGCUGCCAAACUCCAGAGCAACACACACCAACUCUACCUGCUCAAGGACGGGGAGUUUAACGGGGGGAAAGGCGCGGCUGUUGGAUUCCUGAAAGUGGGAUACAAGAAGCUCUUUCUCCUGGACCAGCGGGGGGCGCAUGUGGAGACUGAGCCACUGUGCAUUCUGGAUUUCUACGUCACAGAGAACCUCCAGAGACACGGCUAUGGCCUGGAGCUCUUCAACUUCUUGCUGCAGCACAAGAAGGUGGAGCCGCAGCUGAUGGCCUAUGAUAGGCCCUCCCCCAAGUUCCUGGCCUUUCUUAGAAAGCACUUCAGUUUACAGGAGGGCGUUCCUCAGGUGAAUAACUUUGUUGUGUUCAACGGUUUCUUCAAAAACACUGCAGCGGGCCCGUUGAGAAAGGCUCCCCUAAGAAAACCCGAGGGAGAGAUCAAGCCAUACUCGCUAGUGGAGAGAGACGUGGUGAGGGAGGAGCAGAGAGUGAAGCCGUGGCCGUUUGUGCGUCCGGGUCCGGGGGGCCCGCUGCCCUCUCCCCCCGCGUCACGCUCCCUCAGUGUGGGAUCCUCCCCCAGCAGGACCCCCCCUCCCCCCACCGCCCUGCUCGCACACACACACCUCACAGACAACUGCAGGGCCAGGCGUACCAGCCAUUGGGGUUUGGUUGCCAGGAGCAACCUGUACAGUCGCCAUAUCAACAGUCGAGGCAUGGGGCUCCUUUUGGAGGACCAGCUAGACACCCACAAGCUGCCAGGUUUGCAGCCAGUGAGAGACAGGCAGGGUCACACAGUGCGACAGACUUAUAUGGAGCACACACACUCACCCAGGCCACAGCCUGCAGAUGCCUCUCUACCUCCACCCACCACUCUACCUCCAUUGGUCGCCCCGCAGAAGGACUCCUGCACCCCUGCGGCCCCCGUAGAGCCUCUGCCCAGUGUGGAGGCUCCGCAGCCUGAACCCCUGAGCAGCGGCCCAAACAUCAGCAGAAACCUCCAGAGACACCCGACGCUGGGCUCCAGGGUCCAGGAAGGAGGAGAGGGUGGUGGAGGAGGCGGUGUGGAGAUGGGGAAGAGGGGCGAGCUCCCCGAGCUGGUGGAUCGUGAGCGGGCGGGCAGGGGCAACUGGUCGUCGUGGGUGGUGGGGGAGGGGCGCUGGACGGCACAGUGGGUACGGCAGAAGCAGGAGCAGCGCAGCACGCGACCCUGGUGACCAGAGGUGUCAAUCCCGGGCUCAAGAAGUAAAAACCCUGCCACAAAUUGGAUCCAACCAGCUCUGAAUCACCUGACUAUUGAGCACUCAAGACAGGUAGACCAGCUACUUGUGUUGGAAGGAAGCUGUGGCAAGGUUUUUACUUUGUGGACCCGGAAUUGACACCUCUGCUGUUGACCCCAAUGCAGGGCCUAAGUCACGCAAUAGCUCCCUCUCAUAGAGCCCAAGGGGACCUUAUACUGCAUUCAAGCCUUUAUGUAUUUAUGCCUCAGAAUUGGAGAUGGGCUUAUGUUAAGCCAAUAGGCAAGCGGAAAAGGGCAGUGUUAAUGCUUGCAGACAGACAACCUCUUCGGAUCUCCAACAUGGUGGAAUAAACAAACACAGUUUUAGCUCUGAUCUCUAAAUAAUAGACAAAAUGGAUGCUUGAUCCACUUCAGUCUUUAGAGAUCAGCGGUGAGGUCCCAGCCACUAUGGGAAGGAACGUGGCUUAGGCCCUCUAUUUACCUUAGUGAUCCUAGUGUUCACUCCUAGCAACCCUGCAAGCGUCACAGAAGAAUGUUCUUAGAAGAGUCACAGAAGAGUGUUCUUAGAAUGUUCAGCAGGCCCAAGGUGAAUGACGGGUUCUAAAAACAUGUGACAGAGCCGACUAUGCCAGCCAUUCCAUGGACACAGCACGGUUAAACGGAUUUGAAGCAUAUCCAUCUGAUGAUAUCGCAACUGAAUUGCCAUUCAGAAAUGCCUGGAUGUCAAGUCCCAUCCUGACAUCAAGUGGACCUUUCUGAUUCGCAGUGAUAAACUAGUGAUAACAGCAAAAUUGACUGUUAAAAAUGCUUCAAAUCCGUUUGACUGAAUGGGUUGGAACCUUAAUUGUCCAUCCUAAUAUAAAGUCAUUGAUGUUAGCCAAUCAAGUAGCCUUUUAUCAUGCCUCCCCUCCCCUCACCUCAGGAAUGGACAGGUGGAGAGUUGAUGAGCUGUCAGUCUUCCGCUUCUGUCUAUAAAGAUGCACUACAGCUAUGCACAGACUAACAUAUCGAUAGUGUCAACAAGUGUUUUUUUAUUAUUAUUUUUAAUAACUGUAAACUUUAAAUACUGCACAUUAACUGUAAUUUAUACCCUGGAGUUUGUUAAAUAACAAGAAGGCUCAGAUGUUUUGGUUACAUGAUCUCUCUACAUGUUUUGUUUACAUGUUCACUAAAAUGAUUGAAAUCACUACAGAAGUUCAA